AUGAUACGUUCGGAGCGCUUCCUAUUAAAACAAUUAUCAUUGAAUACCUGUGACACAGACUGUGCGUCACCGGUGUCUGCAUCGCACAGUCUGCUAUCCAGUCCAAACAAAUCCCCACAAUUAAGUAUUGAAAAGAUAUGUUACGGAUGCGGUUCAUCAUUGGCCACAUCACCUAUAAUUGCAUCAGUGUCUGGUCAUCAUCAAUGGCAUAUCAAUUGCUUAAGGUGCUCUGAAUGUGAUCAAUCAUUAAGUCACUGUCGAUCUUGUUAUCUUAAAAACGGACGGAUAUAUUGUAAAAAUGAUUACAUAAAACUUAUUAAUCAAACUAUUAAGUGCUCAAAAUGUUACCGACAAAUCUCACCUUCAGAUUGGGUCAGGAGAGCCGGUCCUCACGUUUACCAUUUGGCGUGUUUUGCCUGUGAUUUAUGUCAGCGACAACUCAGUACUGGAGAACAGUUUACAAUCGAUAAUCAGACAAAUGACAGUAAAUUAUUGUGUAAAUUGCAUUUUGGUAUCACUAAUGAAGGCGAAACACAAGAUGCCUCGGUUUGUAGCGAUGAGUCCAACUCUGGACAGACAAAUAAAUCACAGUCAAAGACAAAGAGAGUGCGGACAACAUUCACUGAGGAACAGUUGUCUGUACUUCAGGCCAACUUUCAGUUGGACUCAAAUCCCGACGGCCAAGACUUGGAGCGAAUCGCCGCUCUCACGGGUCUUUCGAAACGUGUAACACAAGUCUGGUUUCAGAAUUCACGUGCGCGACAAAAGAAGUACAUGAAUAAGAACCGGUGCGGAAAUGGUGGCACUAAUUGGUCGACAGCUAGUGAUGUGCACCCGUCGACUAACAUCGACACCAACUGGUCAUUAGGGGAUUCCAAUGCCAGUCCCUGUUCUGAUGAACAUUCCUCUCCAUCGCCGCCUAUAAUCUGA